UUGCCGUAAGACUCUGCGCUUAACUGGCGGAGAACACGACUCUUGCGGUCUAGCCGGGCCACUCGAUCCGCCCUGCUCACCCUCCUCCAGCCGUCGACGGUGGACGCCGCCGCCUCUAGUUCGCUUGGUGCAGGUCGGGACCGCCCGGAUCCGCCCGCGGACGGGCCGGAUCCCGCCUUGCACCAACUGAAUCGGAGCCGGAGGGCGACCAUCUAUCUCGACCUUCCGCGGCUCCGCGUCGCGGGAUCUCCUCUCCCGAAAGAUCCGAUCGCGAGUCUUUUCUUUGCUUACCGUAUGCUUUCUUUCUGUUCCUCGUGCCGAUCUCUCUACUCGUGAAAGGUCAGAUUGUUUUACCGGAUUUGGGUCUUUCUCGAACAAUAUGUUGCUUAAACCGUGGAAAGCAUCUUCGAAAGAUGUAAUCUUUACCAACGUUUGGACUGGAGGUAUGUUUUCAUAGCAUGAUUCAUGUUAUAGAUUAAUGAGCUUCGGAUCUUGUCACUGUAAUUUAGUAAAUUUGCAUUCUAUCUGCAAGAAACUAUGUGUGUUGAUCAAAUGUGUGUGUAAUUGUUGCACCCCGUUGUUCUUCAGUGGAAUCUGGGUAUCCGUGACAGACAAGUUUGAGCUUGAUUCCAGUUCAGCAGAUUGAAUAGUUGCUAAUCUCCUUAGCCACCUUCAACAGACUCAAGUUCUGCCGUCUGUUCCUCUCUUACCCUUUUGCUUCUGAGUUGACAAAGUAAUUGUAUUCUAGUGCAGUCUUGCCUUCGAACUCAUAAGUUUCUGCUAGAACAGUUCCUGUUCAUUGAUGCAGCUGCACACAAGAUGAUCUCAAUUCCUGGUUAAAGUUCAAAAAAAGAUAUUUAGCUUCCGGUGCUGCCAAUUGUUGCCGCGUGUAAGCUGUUCACUGGCUUCAAGGUAACAUAUUUCUUUAUCUCUUCCCCAUCCCCCUCUCUCUCUCUCUCAGUUCUUUUGCCCUCGACUGCACCAUGGGUCAGCUCUUCUCCUCCAUCGGAGGCAAGUUCCAACGAGCAGGAGCAGGAGCAGGGAACGGAUGGCGCGAGAGGCAGCUGAGGAAGAUUGCUGACGAGGCCUUCGACCGCAUCAGAACCGAUUCGCACGACGACCGGCUCACCUUCCAAGACCUAUACAUCGCCGUCCUCUACGCCUACAAUGACAUCAACAAGUUCCUCCCGGGGCCUCACAACGACCCCCCCUCGAAGGAGAAGCUGAAAGCAAUGAUGGAGGAGUACGACAUCAACUUGGACGGCUUGCUCGACCGCGAGGAGUUCGCAGAGCUGAUGAGGAAGCUUACGGCCGAUACCGUGAGGUCGGUGGGGCAAAAUCUACUGAUAGGACUGGUGUUGGUGCCGACAAUAGCGCUGCUGGCCAAGAGGGCCACCGAGGGGUUUCCGGUCGUGGGCAAGGUGGCGCAGAGAACGCCCAAUUUUGUGUAUGCCUCCAUUGUCGCUCUUGGAGUUGUGCUGGUCCAAAAGCCAAACUGCUGAUCCAGUGAUCUGUAGCAUGUUGGCACACACUCACGUCUGAUUCUUAGCAGCAGAAAUGAGUCUUUCUGUGAGUGAUUGCUGGCUUAUAGUGCUCCCAACUAUGUGUUAAAACAGAGUUAUGCUUGUUGCUCAGCUAAUAUUACAUUUAACAGAGGGUUGGGAGAGGAUUUAGUUGGCAAGAGA